AUGCGUUGGUUCUUCACGAAGCUGAGAGAAGUAAUUGGGGGCAUCGAAAACCUUGCAUUUGUGACUGACCGGGGGCAGUCAAUAAUAAAUGGUAUAGCCGAAAUUAUUCCGGAAGCACAUCAUGGUUAUUGUAUGUACCACAUUCAGGGCAACCUGAAGACUAGGUACCGGGGCAGUGGCAUCGUUGCAUUGUUUAGGAGAGCUGCAGAAGCUUACAGCUUUGAAGAGUUUACGAAGUUCAUGGGCGAAAUAGAACAUAAAUCAGAAAGUGCAUGGGAAUAUCUAUCAAAUAUGGGGGUCGAACAUUGGGCACGGUUACAUUUUCCAGGACGUCGAUACAAUAUGAUGACGUCGAAUAAUGCGGAGUCGCUCAAUUUUUAUGACCGGCGUGAGGAAUCCCAGAAUUGCACAAGUGUGCUAGCUCCGGCACAGGAAGAUCGACUAUUCAAAACUCUGGAAGUGGCAAAAGCUCUAUUUGUGGAACCACUAGAUCAAUUUCGCUUCUCCAUGAGAUGUGGGCGUAAUGUUGGAUACAUUGUAGACUUGAAUGACAAUACCUGCACGUGUAGACAAUUUCAGUUGGAAAGUUUUCCAUGUGCGCAUGCUGUAGCAGUGGCUAUGUAUAGAGGAUUUCCACCACACAACUUAUGCAGUCAUUAUUACAUGGCUGAUUUUUGGUGA